AACUCCAUUUAUAAACGUCAUAACAAUUAUUAUAUAUUUGAAGGUUAUGUCUCUAUUUUUAAACUUUAAUUACUGUAUUUUUCCAUUUAAUAUUACGAGUAAACUAAACCUUAUUUUCUUCCCAGUGAUUAAUCUUCAUUUGUACCAUACAUGUACAUAAGACAAGUUUUUUUUACCAUAUAACCUCAAACCAAAACAAAAACAAUGGCAAAAUUCGACGCUGCCUUAUACAAUUUUCGCAACAAAUGCCCUUACGUAAGUAAAGAUUUGCUCCGCUGGUUCCCCGGACACAUGAACAAGGGUCUAAAGCAGAUGCAGCGUAAGUUAAACAGUGUGGAUUGUGUAAUAGAAGUUCACGACGCAAGAAUACCGUUCACAGGACGCAAUCCUGUAUUUACAAGUACUUUAACAGGCGUGAAGCCGCACAUACUAGUCCUGAAUAAGAAAGACUUGACUAUACAGUCGUUAUUACCCAGUAUACGAGAUCAAUUAGCCGCCGAACAAAAUAUAAACAAUGUUAUAUUUACCAAUAGCAGGGAUCAGAAUUGUAGAGGUUUGAAGUCUCUAAUGCCGUUAAUGGUAGACUUGAUAAAGGAUUCCAAUAGGUAUAACAGGAGCGAGGAGUUGGAGUACAAUGUGAUGAUUAUAGGAGUGCCAAAUGUUGGUAAAUCGUCCUUGAUUAAUAUGCUUCGGUCGAGGAAUAUAUCCGGAAGGCAUUCACUGCCGGUGGGCGCUGUCGCAGGGGUAACCAGGAGCCUGAUGACCAAGAUGAGGAUAAACCACAAUCCUACCAUUUUCAUGUUGGAUACUCCAGGUAUCCUGGAACCAACAGUAACAGAGAUAGAAAUGGGUCUGAAACUGGCUCUCUGUGCUUCACUCCAAGAUCACCUGGUUGGCGAGGAGAUCAUAGCUGAUUACCUGCUGUACUGGCUCAACAAGAAUGGCAAGUUCAAGUAUGUGGAUUUCAUGGGCCUGGAAGAACCUAAUGAUGAUAUCAAUAAGGUAUUAAUAUCCGGAGCUGUUAAAUACAAUCGAGUAAGGAAAAUUCGGGACUUCGACGGACGCGUCCGGCAAGUUCCUGACCUGGUGGAGGUGUCCCGGCAUAUGAUCAAGGCGUUCAGAAGUGGGGAGCUGGGAAAAGUACUCUUAGAUAUAGAGUUGUUGGGUGAUAAAUAUCAGCAGAAAGAAAAAAGGUCGUUGACGUAGUGUCUAGUAUCGUUAAGAGAUGGCAUUAGUAGUUUAUGAACGUAUGACUACCUUAUUUUGAAGUAUAACAGACAUUUUAGCUGUAAAGUAAUAAAAUGGCAGAUAGAUAAUUAACGAUUGUGGUGCAAUCAUUUAAUUACGACCUCAGUUCGUUUGCAACCAAAAAUUCUUUGAUGUGAAGUCGAGAUUGCGCCCAACAUCCUCUAAUAUUGUGCCAUUUAAUCAUGGCAUUGAUGAUUAAAUGGCACAAUAUUAGAGGCAUGGCAUGGUGUCAUUGUUACAACAUAUGUUACAACCUUUGUAAGUCAUGUAAAUAUUGUAUUAUAUAAAACAUAGUUAUUAAGAAAGUAACAUAUUGCGUACAUCAUAAAUGGAUUGACUGAAAAAAUCCUGAUACCAAUUAAAAAAAAUAUAAAAUAAAUCAAUAUCUUAAAAAAA